GCGGGGGUACACGUGAUGGGGGUGAGGCCUGGAGCCACCAGCGCCCCCUCUGGGUGGACCCAGACCUUCCCUUGCCCUCGUGUGUGAAGCAGGCCUGUGUCAGGACUCGCUCGAGCAGCGCACGGGGGCACCUGCACGGUGCCGGGUAACAGAGAGCCUCCGCUGAAGGAGGACUCGUCCCCCCUCGUCGUGUGCUCUGUCCUCGUUCGCAGGCCUCUGGGUUCACCCCAGGGAGGCCAUGUGGUGCUCACUCUGGCUCUGAUAAAAAAGCCUUUUCUGUCACUGCAUAUGAGUGCCAGCCUCUUAGGCAGAGUUCUGUUCCCCCGCGGUGGCCUGUCCCAGGGGCGUUGGAGGAAACCACUCUGAUUGCACGCGUUCGUACCGAGGCCCGGGAACGAAUGGAUGAUUGGUCCCAGGAGGGCAGGUGGGCGGCCGCAGAGCACUCUGGAACUGUUGGCAGCAUGCUGCCCCCCUCGUUGUCUUGGUCCACUGCACCCAGAACUCCCUGGAGUCUCGCACAGCAGGCCUGUGCGGGCUCUCCAGCAGCCACGGACCGGCCGGGCUCCGUGUCCUUCACGCCACUAGAGGUUCCGCGGUGGCAGUGGUGUGCCGCCGGGGAGAUGCUGCCUGGGGCUGCCACGGGGUCACCAUCCCCUGGCAGCUCUGCACUGGCGUCUUCCCGCGCGGGGUGGUUCAGCGCCGUCUGCAGGCGAAGAGCGCAUUCUGGGGUGCGGCCGAGAGGAAGUGCUGGGGCGAGGAUGGUUAGUCAUCCCAACUUCUGCCUGAUGCGGGAGGGUGCUUUCCGGUUGGACGGCGCUUCUCCUCCCGCCUGUCCCGCCGCCGCGGGCUGCGUCGCUCUCCGCAGACGACCUCUGGGAACCAGGCUUUCGCAUCCAGCAGUAGUACGGUGGGCGAGGUUUGCAAGGUGCAUGUUCCAGGACCUUCUGGGCACUGGGAGGGGCACAGAGAGGCUCAGGCCCCAAAUCUUCGGAGCAGUAGGACUCUCCUCCCUGACGGCUGUGCUGGUUUGGAGAAUCUCGCUUCCGAAGCAGCUGUUUUUCUAAGAGCCGUCCUCGUUUUCACAUAAGACACCGUGAGUCCCUUCUCUUGGUGGUGAGGUAUAACGGAGUCCCUGGACGCCGUCCCCGCAGGAGGGGACUCGGGAGUGCCAGGGCCCACUGCCAUUGUCAGGGAGCCUCCGUGGAACCCCCGCCGCCCCGCGUCACGCUGCUGCUCCGUGCUGCAGAGGCUUCUCCGGAGACAGUAGUGGGAGCGACGGUCCGUGCUGCAGGCCCCGCCGCACACAACGUGCAGGGAUUCGUGGACUUGAACACCGGAGGUUACGGGUCCUACUUCUCAUUCACGCCUCCGCCAGGAGCGCGAAGGACACCUGAAGUGACUCAUGCUGCGGGAAACCGUCAUGGCGGUCGGCUAACGAGGCGCGCUGGCACUUCUCCCGCGGGGGACGAGCCCUCGGCGCUGGUGCCAUUACGCCUCCCGCAGCUCCCUGAGAAAAACCUCCUCAUGGGGAUUCACGGAAGGAGAGUCUGUUACGAAGCCCAAGUUGUCAGUUACUAAGCUGUUUCCAAGUCGUUCAGAAAUAAAAAUCAGGUGUGCACAGAUCUGUGUUAUAUUCCCCAAGUCAGAAUUAAUGUGCCUUGUUUUCUUCUUAAAGAUUUUAUUUAUUCAUUUAUCAGAGAGAGCGCAAGCGGGG